AGGUCCUUCCAUCAUCCCACCGCAGCAAGCAAAGCCAACACUGGGCAACCCUCUAAAAUGUUUAUUUGGACCAGUGGCCGGAGCUCUACAUCUUACAGACAUGAUGAGAAAAGGGAUCACGAUCUACUGGACAAAAGGAAAACAGUCACAGCCCUAAAAGCCGGAGAAGACCGGGCCAUACUCCUCGGGCUGGCCAUGAUGGUGUGCUCGAUCAUGAUGUACUUCCUCCUGGGAAUCACCCUGCUGCGGUCUUACAUGCAAAGUGUCUGGACAGAAGAGGCUCAGUGCUCACUUCUCAACGCAUCCAUCACAGAAACCUUCAACUGCUCGUUUAGCUGUGGUCCAGACUGCUGGAAAAUCUCGCAGUACCCUUGCCUCCAGGUGUACGUUAAUCUCACCUCUUCUGGCCAGAAGCUUCUGCUCUACCACACCGAGGAAACAAUGAAAAUUAAUUCUGAGUGUUCGUACAUACCCAAGUGUGGCAAGAAUUAUGAGGAAUCCAUGUCACUGGUGAACGUCGUGAUGGAAAACUUCAGAAAGUACCAACGCUUCUCCUGCUUCUACGACCCCGAAGGCAUUCAGAAGAAUGUGAUAUUAACCAAACUGUACAGCUACAACGUGCUGUUCCACUCCCUCUUCUGGCCCACCUGCAUGAUGAUUGGCGGGGUCGCCAUCGUCGCGAUGGUAAAGCUGACUCAAUACCUUUCCCUCCUCUGCGAGAGAAUCCAAAGGAUCAACAGAUAAAAACAAAAACUUCUCUGAGAUUUAAUUACAGCGAAAAUACUGUUUUCUCAUUCUUCACCAAAGAACCUUAAGUUUGUAACGUGCAAGUCUGUUAUAAGUUCCUUACUAUAUUCUUAUAAGUAGAGCAAUAAUGCAAAAGCUGUUCUAUAUGCAAACAUGAUGUUAUUAUUAUGCAGACAACUGAAAAAAAUACUGUUUUGUGUUGACCGUCUAUAUGAUCUUGUUUUAUGCUGAGACUAGUACUUCUUUCCUUUCUACAGCCAAAACAGGGCUCGGUGUGACCAUUUGCCAAGCUUAGCCAAUUGACAUUUCCAACGUAAAGGAUUCUGGGGGAAAUUCACCACUGGACAAAGGGCAGCCAACCACUUGUGCAUCACUGAGGUCUCACAUCUGGCUCAGUCUGAUGUUUUAUUAUUGGCUGCAGGGGAAAAAAAAAAAAGCAUUGAUAGGUUUUUUUUAUAGUAAGAUGGCACAAAAGGGACGUAUUUUGAGGCUGGGAUAAGUACAUAGUAUUUGCAGCCUAACUAGGACUUGGUGAUGUUUUGUGUUUGUUCCCCCAGUUCAGAAGUAAAUUUUACCUUAUGGUGUUUAAGGUCUUCUGGAAAACACUUUGGAGUUUUAUUUUGUUUAGUGCUAUAAUUUCCUUCUGUCUUAUCAACAUCAUCUUUGUCACUUGCAGAAGCUGUAGCCAAAAAACAAAAUCACCUUGUUCCAUUUUCUAUUCUAGUCUGAGCCCUUUUGAUGGAGAUGGGACCAGAACACCUUAUGUAAAUGUUUAUUACUCAUUUGUCUUGUAUUUGUUACCAUAUCACUGUAAAGAAAAAAAUAACACAAUCAGCUAUUUUUUCAUUUUUUACUUCCAACUAUUUUAGAUUUUUUUACUUGAUAUAUAUACAGAUAUAUAUAUAAAGAAAAAGCUAUAUUAUAUCUAGUUGUGUAUCGGAACUUGAUUAUGGGGUGGUUUUUUUCUUUGUUUUUACCAACUGGAAAGUAAACAAUUAUAACUCAUAUAUUUAUAACCUUCAUCCUUGGAUAAUACCAUAACAUGGAGGAGUAGCACUGCAGGAUCUUAUCCAAUAUUCAUGACGUUGUUUCAGUCAAAAGUCUCGGUUGCCGUGACAUCGGAAUUGACAAAAAUCUCAUCCAGUUGUAUGGCUCUAUUAACUGAAUUGUUACAUAAUCAUCAUAAUACACCUGGAAAUCUCUCUGGCCCUUAACGCAGU